AUGCUCCCAAAGCUCAGGCGAGCGUUCCGAGAGCCAUCGGCUGGGAUUGCGGGACUGUUUAACUUGCUGCAGCUCGGUGCAGACCUCACUCUGAAGAGAGCCGUCUGCACCACGUGGGGAAGGGGACAUUUCAAGACCUUUGACAACUUCAUGUUCGACUUUUACAAAACGUGCAACUAUAUUUUUGUCAGCGAGUGCAGAGAUCCCUUCCCGGAUUUCAGCGUUCAGCUUCGGAGGGCCAACAGCGGUGAUAUAAAAAGGCUCCUGAUUCAACUGUAUGGCACCACAGUCAUGGUGAAAGCAGGGAGAAUCAGGGUCAACGGUCAGCAGAAUAUUCAAUUGCCGUACAAUGCAAAUGGAAUAAACAUGAAGCCAUUCGGGAACCUCGUCAGACUGUCGGCCAAACAGCAGGGCCUUGAUGUCAUUGUGGUCUGGAACAGCGAGGACUACCUGAUGUGGACACGGCAGACGCCGGGAUCUGGAACAACCGACAACCUGCUGGAGGAAAUCAGCGGGCCGGGCAGCAUCUGCUGGAGGGGAGAGGAACCGUCCACGUUUUGGGUUGGGGACCCGGCCCGUCACGUGUUCUCCCUGCGGCCGCGUGGGUCUCCCCGUUUCCCAACGCGUACUGAAGCCGCGCAGGUCAGGGGAUUGAUUGGCCGUUGUAAACGGUCCCUGGUGCAGGUUGAGCUGGGAGACAAAUACAGGAAUAAAACCUGUGGUCUGUGUGGGGACUUCAACAAAUCUCCCAAGUACAACGAGUUCUUGCAGGAAGCCCCACGUCAGUGCCCCACGAACCAGGUGUACCUGGAGAGCGGCUCGCCCUGUUCCCCCACCUGCUCCAACCUGCGCUCCACCUGUGACAGUCACGGCACCUACGGCUGCUUCUGCCCAGAAGGUACCGUUUUGGAUGAUGUAUCUGGCAAGGAUAUGUGCGUGCACCUGGCCGAGUGUCCUUGCACCUGGAAUGGAGAUGUCUAUGGUCCUGGGGAGAAGAUCUCAGCACUCUGCAGAGACUGUGUGUGUUCUAUGGGGCAGUGGCUCUGCACCACCCUCCCGUGUCCAGGCCGGUGUUCCGUUGAAGGCGGCUCAUUUGUCACGACUUUUGAUUCGAGGCAGUACCGAUUCCACUCAGUCUGCAGUCUCGUGCUCGUCAAAAGUCCAGUGAUACCUGGCAAUGGGCACAUAGAGGCGCAGUUUGAGAAGUGUGGAGUAAAGCCCACUGAAACCUCGCUGAGUGCCGUCACUUUCACCAACAGGAAGUUAAACAUGGAAAUUUCAAAGCACGAUAUGAUCACAGUCAAUAAUGAAAUCAAGAGGUUGCCCUUCAAGACAGAGAAUAUUACAAUCUACAGGCAGUCUUCUACCUACGUACAAGUCAGCACUCUGUUUGGCCUGGAGGUGCAGGUCCAGGUUGCCCCGGUAUUUCAGGUCCAGGUCAAUAUUGGGAAUGAGUUCUAUGGCACCAACACAGGGCUGUGUGGGAACUUUAAUGGUGAUCCCAAGGACGACUUCUGGAGCAGCAUGGCAGUGCUGGAACGUACGGCUGCACCUUUUGUGAACUCGUGGCAAGUUGACCAUCUCUGCGAGCCCGCUGUUAACACGGGGCCAUGCACGUCCCUCUCUACAAACUGCAGCCAGAGGGCCGCCCAGCGGGAACCCCCCGGCUUCACUCCGCCCCGGCGCACUCGGGCGCUUCCCCGGGUCUCUCGGCCCAGGAUUCGGCCGGCACAGCAGAUCCUCCGCGGAGAUUACCUCCACCAAGGCAACCGUCCCCCAGGCCAUGAUGUUAAAUGCCUGUUUGAGAUGUGUAAUUAUGCACGGACCCCCGACUUCCUCUGUGCGGCCCUGGGGUUGUACGCUCGGGCCUGCGCGGCCAAGGGGCUGCUGCUGGACGGCUGGAGGAACACCGUGCAAGGCUGCAGUAAGUACUCACAGGGACACGGAGCACCCCCUGGGGAAAAUCUGCCGCCGUGGUCAGGAGGCGUGGGGAUCCACAGAGACCCAGCUGCGUGGGUUCGGAAUUGGCUCGCCCGCGGAGGGCAGCAGAUGGAGCGUGUUCUGCCCGGAGGAGUUGACUGCCUCAGUCCUGGGCUCCAGAGAGUCUGGUGUGUCUCAGGGGAGGUGGGAGUGACCCUCAGGGCCCCCGGGGAAGAUGUCGGUGCACACUGGAGCCCUGGUGAGAAGGAGCGCUUCCACACGGUAUUCAGUUAUGAUGCCAGGGCGUGUGACCGGACCUGUGUGUCGCUGUCGGACCGAGACUUUGAGUGCACGGCGAUUGAUGUCCCAGUGGACGGCUGCAUUUGUCCACUGCAGACGUACCUGGACGUUCACAGGAAUUGUGUGGAGGCAUCCAAGUGCCAGUGCCUGCUCAGUAACGGUGACCUUGUGGGCCCAGAGGAAUCGACCACAAUCGACCAUGAGAUCUGCGAAUGUCCUAACCCCUACGAGAACCCCAAAAUCCAUCGCCUCACACUAAUCAGGACGUGUUUCUUUCCAGGAACCUGCGAGCUUCCAAAGCUUUACUUCAGCUGUGCCCAUGGUCCACGGGGCCAGUAUGGGACAACGUGCGCACCCACCUGCCAGAUGAUCGCCACGCAAAUUUCCUGUACACCGUCUGAGUGUGUAUCCGGCUGCAUAUGUCCAGAGGGAAUGGUCUUGGAUUACAAUGAGCAAUGUAUCUUCCCUGAAGACUGUCCCUGCAAAUUCAGUGACCGGAUCUACACCAGAGGAGAUAAGAUGAUGAGAGACUGCGAGGAGUGCACCUGCCUUGCCGGGAGGUGGAAGUGCACAGAGAACGUGCAUUGCCCUGCCACUUGCGUCAUUCACGGAGAGGGACACGUGACCACAUUCGAUGGCAAGAAGUUUAUCUUCAGCGGUAACUGUGAAUACUCGUUGGUUCAGGACUCCUGCUGUGCAAACGAAACCCAUCCAAACUUCAAGAUUGUUUCGGAAAAUGUUAUUUGUGGCCAGUCGGGUGUGACCUGCUCCCGAGCCAUAAAGAUCUACAUCGGGGACAUCCUGAUAGAAAUGACAGACGGAGCCUACGUGGUCACACCUGAAACCGCAGCUGACAAGUUCAGCAUCCGCACCAACCCGCUGUACCUGUCCUUCGAGGCCGUGACCCCCGGCGGUCACCUCCUGCAGAUACUCUGGGACAAGACCACAAACGCGUUCAUCCGCUUCACCCGGACGCGCCAGCUCUCACUCUGUGGACUGUGUGGUAACUUCAACGGGGACAUCGGUGAUGACUUUAUAACUCGGAGCCAAUACCUCGCCUCUAAUGCUCUGGAGUUUGCAAAUAGCUGGAAGGAAGAGCCUUUAUGUCGAGACGUGACUGAAGUCGUGCAUCCAUGUGACGUAAAUCCAUAUCACAGGUCCUGGGCGGAGCAACAGUGCGAAAUCAUUCACAGUGACGUCUUCAAACCGUGCCACAAUCUGGUUUAUCGAGUUCCAUAUUAUGAAAGUUGUGUGCAGACCACGUGCGGGUGUGAAAUAUUUGGAGACUGCGAAUGUUUAUGUGGAGCCGUUUUAGUCUACGCUAAAGCCUGCCUGGACGCUGGGGUCUGCAUCAACUGGAGGAGCUCUGCCUUCUGCUCCGUGUACUGCGACUACUACAACACCCACCCAGCGAGGAGCAACAACUCAGAGCUGGCCGAGGCUGGGGGGCAUCCGAGCCAUUACCAGCCGUGCUUGUGCCCUGACAGCCUGUGGGCCUUCCCGAACAACAACAUGGAAGGUUGCUACAGGUGCGCUGUGAGUGAAUACUACGAUCCCAGCGUGAAGUUGUGUGUUUCCUGUGAUUCUCCUCCCAGUGCCUCCCCGAGCCGGGAUGAGUUGCGGGGGGAGCAGCAGGGACACAGCUUCCCAUCGGCUCUGCCGCUGCCUCGGGGCGACCUGGGCCGGGCCAUUGGUUGCCCGGGAGACCACCCCCGUGGGGUCGUGCACGGACCCUCCCCUCUCCCCCCCUCCCCGGGGGGACGGGAGCUCCGGGAAACCUGA